UAAUACAGAUAUCGAGAAUAAACGUUAAUUUAUCACUUAUCUAAGAACUAAAAUUUGAUUCAGAUCAAAGUUUGGUAGUUGCGUUUGAUGCCUACUCUCUAUUGAUUGUUAUUGAAGUAUUAAACCUUAAAAGUUAAUUACUUGCCCAAAUAGAAGAUUAUUGGAAAUAAUGUCUAAGGUCAUUAAGUUUUAUUGUAAUAAUUCUAAGGGUAAAUUACACGGAUGGUCCCUGUGGUUUGGGGUAACCUGCGCGCCUAGUCCCUGAGCAAGAUUUUUAACUCGGAUGAUCCCUAAUGGUAAAAUUCAUAACCAUCCUAGUCCCUCACGUAACAUCUCGUCUAGUUGCUCCGUUAAAACACCCCACGUGCAAGGCACGCAGGGAGGCGAUCAUUUUGCUCUGUACUCCAUCUUUUCAUUCAGAAAACCCAGAAAAAAUUCAACAUUCCGAUAAGAAAACCCUAAUCGUGAUAUCUUCUCCUCUAAAACGCAAUGGUGUUGUGGCGUAUACGUGCAAAUAUGGAGGAAAUCGAUGUUGGACGUCGUUACUGUUAUACCAUGGUGGAGAGUUCACCAAAUUUCCUGGAAGAAAGUACAUCAAAGGAAAACAAACGUAUAUAGACUUACUCGACAUGGAUACUUUCUCAGUGCAUGACAUUGAUGAAAUGAUGGAACAGUUAGGCUAUGUUGAUGAAGUGAUCAGGAUGUGA